AUGAGAAUACCACUGAAACGGCCACCACCAAUAAUAAUCAAGAUAAUAGAAGGAAUGAGAAUACCAGUGAAACGGCCACCACCAAUAAUAAUCAAGAUAAUAGAAGGAAUGAGAAUACCAGUGAAACAGUCACCACCAAUGAAAAUUUAG